AGAAAGUAGCAUCAAAAAUUCAAAAUGAGUGAGCUUGAUGUUACAAUACUCGGUAAUUUCAUGAUAUUAUUCCUUCUUAUUUCCUAUACUUAGAAACAAGUAACUUGUUUUCAGAGUCCAAUUGUCCCUCCACAACUAUCAUACUACAAAAUCGGUACCAUCGUCAUCACCUGCAUUGCUCUGGUCUCUCUCUGCGUAUUCCAAUUCGACAAAAAUGGAAGUAGCCUCGGAACCCACCAGAGUUCAAAGCCUAGCCCAAGCUGGUCUCAGCCAAGUUCCACCGCAGUACAUUCAACCUCCCCAGAACCGACCCAACCACCCUUCAUCUUCCUCCAACGUUCCCUCAAUCAGCCUAUUCGGACUCGACCCGACCCGCCGCGACUCGGUCCGGGCCUCCAUCGCCGAAGCCUGCAGGGACUGGGGCGCCUUCCACGUCACCGACCACGGCGUCCCCGCCACUCUAGUCCGCGACAUCAAGCGCGUGGGUCUUACUUUCUUCAACGACUGCCCAGUCCCGGAGAAGCUCCGCUACGCCUGCGAUCCCAGCUCCGCCGCGUCGGAGGGCUACGGCAGCCGGAUGCUGGAGAAGGACGACACCGUAUUGGACUGGAGAGACUACUUCGACCACCACACUCUCCCCCUCACGCGCCGGAACCCCACGCGCUGGCCGGAUUUCCCGCCGGAUUACCGCCGGGUGGUUACGGAAUACAGCGAUCGAAUCGCUUUGCUGGCGAGGGAGCUGCUGGGGCUGAUUUCCGAGAGCCUAGGGCUUAAAACGCAGCGUUUAGAGGAGGCGGUUGGGGGUUUUUACCAGAACAUUACGAUUAGCUAUUACCCGCCGUGUCCUCAGCCGGAGCUGACAUUGGGCCUGCAGGCCCAUUCGGAUUUUGGGGCCAUUACGCUGCUGGUCCAAGACGAGGUUGGUGGGCUUGAGGUGCUGAAAGACAAUGACUGGGUGCCUGUGAAGCCUUUGGGUGGUGAUGCUGUUGUUGUUCUCCUAGCCGAUCAAACUGAGAUCAUGACUAACGGACAGUACAAGAGUUCUCAACAUAGAGCUAUAACCAACUCCAAUCGUCCACGGCUGUCAGUGGCUACUUUUCAUGAUCCUGCCAAGACAGUGAAAGUAUCCCCUGCUUCAGAGCUUAUCAGUCAAUCCACUCCUCCCCUCUACCGGGAAGUUGUUUACGGAGAUUAUGUGUCAUCAUGGUACACAAAGGGUCCAGAAGGAAAACGGAAUAUUGAUGCCCUCCUUUCACCCCCAUUCUCUUUCCCCAACUUUGCCCUCACAUUGCAUUCUUGUGAUUCGAGAGAAUUAGACACGUUUCUCUUACAUACCUUCACCAGUUAAUAUAGUGCAUAUAGACAGUGAGAUUUAUUUCA